GCACAACAGGACAAAGGCGAGAGAAACAGUCCAUUCUUCUGUCGCAGGCUACUAGUGCUUGUCUGGUGUCGGUCGGGUCAUCGCUUUGGUCAGCAACUCCCAAGGUUCAAAUCAUCCUGGGCAACGCCCCUCUCCAGGAAAUCACGAUUUCACUUCACUUCACCCGCACCGCAACCCCCAACGCGCUCUGGCAAAGCCUAACGUGAACAGCCUGUCACUCCCGAACAAAGCCCACUAGCGCCCCCUUGCUUCCCUCCCAUCAGCAGCAGUCGGCUUAGGCAGCUCAGCUGACAAGUCUGUCUCCCAUCUUCCCUCCGAGCGAAAGCACUCAGAAGACGAUCCCAACAUCCUACAACGAGCGAAAGGAAGCACGAAGAUCCACUGCGGUCUGCUCGGUACACAACGACAGUGCGACGUCACCCCACCUCGCGGUCGUGACGCCGAUACCAAUACGGGCGAGCAGCCAUCGCACAAUCGCAUCAACGCACCACCGUACGAGCGAUAUAUACCACCUGCCCCCCUGCAUCUCCUCCGCACACUAGAGCUUGCUCGCAUUCAGCCCCUCCAUACAUACUCCGCAACCCCAACAAUCCACUGCGCAUACUCGCCGAUGGAAGACUUUGCCAACGACAUCAUGGCCGGGCAGACAAUGCAAAAUCAUCUUUGGCAGGAGCACCCCUCCUCGCCAGACGGUGAUUUUGCAUGGUCCGGGGAGGAACCACUUGCUCACCAGCCAGCUUUCAUGGAAGAGCAUGCACCGGACAAGUACUUCCCUCCGUCUGACGCCUUCCUCUUUUCACAAUACGGACACAACCAGCCUCAGCCUCAGUACCAGCACCAACCGCACUUCCCACUGCACCCACCACAGCUCCGCGUCGAGCUUCCGCACCUGACGGCAGGGCACCCCGUGCCGCUCCUCACUCCUGCAUCUACCCACGCCUCCUCCCCGCGGUCGGCGAUGUCCACUGGUCCAGUGAUGCCCUUCGCGAUGCCUGGCAUGCCCGCGCUCUCACCCGCCGCAUCGCCGAGCACGAGCAGCAGCCUUGAGCCGGGUCCCUCGAUGGCGUCUAUGCCGCCUCGUGUCCCCGCGUUGCCUCCUACCAUGCUUGCCGUCCACCCCGAAGGUGCGGCUUACAAUCCGUUCAAUCCUGCCCCAUAUCAUGCUGUUGGUUUAAGCAACAGCGUGUUCGAGAACACGCUGUUCAUCAAGCCAAGUCUGCCUUGUGGGAGACAGCGGAUUGAACAAGCAUGCGACAAGUGCAGGGAACGCAAAGCCAGAUGCAACGGCGGCCGACCCACCUGCGCCCGGUGUCAGCAGCGCGGCUACGAAUGUACCUACGCACCAGAACGACGCAUGCGCGGGCCAAACAAGGUGAAGAAGCCGCCUUCGAAGGGCAUCCAGCCCCGCUCGUCCGUCACGUCCCUCAGCGGAUCCACGAGUUCUCGCAAGGGCGAUGUUUCCCCAGGACCGAGCAACGGUACGCCCAGCCCCACUGAGGAGUUCUUCCCUGCUGCGAGUGGCCAGUCCACGUCUGCCGGUCUUCCCCCUACUGUUCCUGCGCGCAUAUCGUCCUUGAGUGGGUGGGACCAGUGUGCACCCAGCCGUGGUGAGAUCGACACGUCGCCGCGCGUGAGCAACGUCACGCCCAGCCCGACGGAGCAGACGUUCGGUGCUGCCAACACCCAGCCGGUCCCUGCCGUAGGUCCUGUUUCCCCGGCGCUCGCCUUCACGUCUUCCUUGAGCGGGUGGGACAAGAACGCCCCGCGCAAGAGGACAAGCACGGGUGACGUGGCCUCUGCUGGGAUCCGAACGCCGGUCGACGCCUCCCUCUCUAAAGCAGGAUCCCCUCUGCCGCCGACGAUAGCGAGGCCAGCGAUGAGCAGAUCAUCUUCGGGCACUGGAAUGCACGAGCGCUCGCACUCGACGAGCAGUGUCGACCUGAGCCACACCAAUGCCGGACCGACCAAGCCGAGGUUGUCCGUCGAGGCGCCUCCUGAUCCGGAGCUCGUGAAUCACGGCGUCUUCCAUCCAGGGAGAAACGGACAGCCAGUCAUGGGCCUCGGCGUGGGAGUACCGACGUUCCCCCAGUCGUCGUACAACGGAUAUAUGCACUACGUCCCGCCUCCUCACCAGCAGUAUCAUCAGCACACGCAGCAACAGCAGGAAGCACAGUACUUGCCUGGGAUUCCCCUCCCGCGUGUGCACCACCCCCAGCCUCAGAUAGUGAACGCGAUAUACCAUGAUGACGGCCAAUACGUCCCGAACACGCUUCCCUUCCACGCUGGUUCUGACAUGGCAGUCAUGGCCGAUCCCAUCGACGUUGGUCUGGGGAACGGUGACUUCCGGCCAUUCACAGGGGGAGGGUAUAGAGUGCCUGAGCAGUUUGGGCACAAAGGCGAAGUGCUGAGCCCCGCACAUUUGGCGUAUAUGUCCCAUCUCGCCACAGAAGGAUUCAGGGGUCAUUCAAGGACGUCAUCAUCAGGCACAUCCGCGCUGUCUUCCUCCCCGGCUGGGUCCCUUCCCGGUUUACCGCCACAUGCCCUUUCAGGUCUAUCGGGUUUCCACCACCCCACCUUCCCCACGGAUGCCCGGCUGGAUAGCGGCAAUACCGGGUUAACACCCACUGAUACGUCUGGCUCGGUGUCCGGCUCGAGCGACCAAGGGCACGUUGGGCUCAACCCUGGUUCCACCAUACCUGUACUGGGACUAGGCAUGUCGCCGCCCGAAGAUAUGGGCACCGUCCCGCUUACCACUCUGCCUGACAUGCACGCAUAUGGAUACGCACCGAUCACCCCGCCCGACAGUGGAGAUGCAGCUUCCCUUCCUCCACCGGGGCCUGAGAUGGGAAUCUCGCCGAGAAGAACGCUGGGCGUGAGCAUGCAGCAGUUUGGGUAUUAG